UGUUGUAAUUAUCACUGUGCAGUCGGCGGCGGCAUCCACACCUGCGUGCGAAAAUGAACAGCGGCUGACUAAUUGUGCCUUUAACUUUUGGAUUUGCUGACACAGAUGCCGUCACCGGCCCGACGCUGUGGGGUCAGCGUUGCAUCUUCUGUCUGAAGACUUUGGAUAGGACAGAAAUACAGAAGUAGCAGCUUAACUUUGCAUGGUCCCUGGCUGCCGUCGGCUCUGACUGUCCCGCUGUGUGAUGGCUGCAGUCUGAGGAGGUCAUCCUGUGGAUUUUAACGACACACGCACACACACACACACACACACACACACACACACACACACACACACACACUGUCUGGACAGUGGAUACCUGAGGAGGAGGAGGAGAGGCCCGCAGGACAGGAAGAAUGAUAGACCCAUACGUCUGCGCUCGUGGCAGUCAGAAGACGAACCUUAAUCGUACACAGGACAAGAAAUCUUCAUAAGAUGCUUUGUGCGUGCCACAGAGGGUGAAUGUAUUGAACUCUGCUGAGUGGUUCUCUAUCUCACCGGGGCUGACGGAACAGCCUGCAGUGGCAGGAAGAGAACCGCCAGCAUGCACAAAGUUCAGAGGGUUUCACAAGAGGCAGCAACGAGGUGUGAGAGGAGGAAGUGGACUACGGCAGGGGCCUUGCUGUCACAACACUUCCUCCUCGGCGCUCAGAAGGGCUCGACUCCUCGCUCAUCCUGAAAAUCACACGGACUGCAGCCCGCAGGCGACUCAUCCCUACUGUUUAAAGAACACAGCAUGCAAUGGAAAAGCCUUCAGACGGCUAAAGAGGCGGAUUCAAGAGCGAAACAAUUUCUGAAACGUGCUGAGACACUGAACCCUUGUGGAGGAUAUAUUUACAUAUGUCAGCGUUUUCACCCCAGUAAUAAAUACUUACAUCUUUUGAACCAUUUGUCACGAGUGUGAUCGAGGCUGAAGUGAAGUCAAAGAGAGGAAUACCCUUAAAAUAUAACUGUCCACCUCUAUGACGAAGGCAACAUCUCUGACAGUAAUCAUUCCUUGAGACUGGGACUUUCUUUCCUAUCAACACUGAGCAGAAGGUUCUAGUUUGAUGGGUGCCGGUUUGCAAUUCUCAAGAAUCAAGAAUUUCUGUCAGUCUUUGAUGGAUAAAAUACUAAAAAAUAAGUUCCUGUAUUAUUUAUUACGAAAAACCUGAAUAAAUUAAGGGGGUACUCAACAAAUGCAGCAACUUACACGUUAUCAAUUUCCCUAAUCUCCUGAUUUGCCUUGGAAUAGUUUUGUAAUUUACGGGUAGAUAGUGAAAAGACGUCCCAGGGAGUCAACUGGAAAGACCCUGACGUAAAGCAUCAACGUCGAGGAUCUACAUCUGUGCUGCAAAUCUGACCUUUCUCAUGCGGAGGACACGUUCAUGUUGGAUGACAGCAGCUGUGCUGCACUGAAACAGGUGUUAAAAGGUUUGCUAUGACUUUUGCCUCUUUAAUUUCAUUAGACUCCUCUUGCGGUUGUUGAUUUUUUUCUCCCCUCCGGUGAGUGUCGGUCUGGUACGCGGCACGCGAGGUGGACGUGUAAACUUCUACCAGUGAAGCAGCAAAUGUACGUCGAAAAGCCCCAGACCACAUCCCAACCACUCUGCCAAUGGCAAGGGCUGUCACGUGGCCCACAUCAAACAGACCAGCGUCUUUUAGGAAAAACCAAGACACGGGAGACGAGUUCGGCUCAUGUUCUACUCUGUAAGAAGAUGGUAACGAUUCGAAGUGGAAGACUGCAGUGCUUGUUGUUUCACCGCCGUGCUGCUCACCGUAUUGUCAGGCGAAGUACCACUGGCAGAGUCAGAAUGUGAAGCAGAGCGGCGUGGACGACAUGGUCCUGCUGUCCAAGAUCACCGAGGACGCCAUCGUGGAGAACCUCAAGAAAAGAUACAUGGACGACUACAUCUUCACGUACAUCGGCCCCGUGUUGAUAUCAGUCAACCCGUUCAAACAGAUGCCUUAUUUCACCGAUAGAGAAGUCGAACUUUAUCAAGGAGCCGCCCAGUACGAGAACCCGCCUCACAUCUACGCCUUGACCGACAACAUGUACCGCAACAUGAUGAUCGACGGAGAAAACCAGUGCGUCAUCAUCAGCGGUGAGAGUGGCGCUGGAAAGACCGUGGCUGCCAAAUACAUCAUGGGCUACAUUUCCAAAGUAUCUGGAGGAGGAUCGAAAGUUCAGCAUGUAAAAGACAUCAUCCUACAGUCCAAUCCUUUGCUUGAGGCCUUUGGUAACGCCAAGACUGUACGCAACAACAACUCCAGUCGUUUUGGGAAAUACUUUGAGAUUCAGUUCAGCAGGGGAGGAGAGCCAGACGGCGGCAAAAUCUCAAACUUCCUGCUGGAGAAGUCGAGGGUGGUGAGCCAGAAUGAGAACGAGAGGAACUUCCACAUUUACUAUCAGCUGAUAGAGGGCACCAACGCUCAGCAGAAGGAGGGCCUGGGCAUCAUGACCCCAGACUACUACUACUACCUCAACCAGUCUGGGACCUACAAGGUGGAUGGGACGAAUGAUAGCAAAGACUUCAACGAGACGAUGGAGGCCAUGCAGGUGGUCGGGAUCCCAGGCGACAUCCAGGCUCAGGUGCUGCAGAUCAUCGCAGGCAUCCUCCACCUGGGGAACAUCAGCUUCAUAGAGGCAGGCAACUACGGGCAGGUGGAGAGCACGGACUUGCUCGCCUUCCCCGCCUACCUGCUGGGCAUCGACCACAGCCGCCUGCAGGACAAGCUGACCAGCAGGAAGAUGGAUUCAAAGUGGGGAGGGAAGUCCGAGUCCAUUAACGUCACCCUGAACCAGGAGCAGGCCACCUACACACGAGAUGCUCUGGCCAAAGCCCUCUAUGCGCGACUCUUCGACUAUCUGGUUGAGUCCAUAAAUAAAGCCAUCCAAAAACCACACGAGGAAUUCAGCGUCGGAGUUCUUGACAUCUACGGCUUUGAGAUAUUCCAGAGAAACGGCUUUGAGCAGUUCUGUAUCAACUUUGUGAACGAGAAGCUGCAGCAAAUCUUCAUUGAGCUCACUCUGAAGGCGGAGCAGGAAGAGUAUGUCCAGGAGGGCAUCAAGUGGACACCUAUCGAGUACUUCAACAACAAGAUCGUGUGUGACCUCAUUGAAAAUAAACUGAACCCUCCUGGUAUAAUGAGCGUGCUGGAUGACGUGUGUGCCACGAUGCAUGCCAAAGGAGAGGGCGCAGAUAGCACCCUGCUGCAGAAACUGCAGGCCGCUGUGGGGACGCAUGAACAUUUCAACAGCUGGAACUCCGGCUUCGUCAUACAUCACUACGCCGGCAAAGUGUCAUAUGAUAUCAACGGCUUCUGUGAGAGAAACCGGGACGUUCUUUUCCUUGACCUCAUAGAGCUCAUGCAAAGCAGCGAAUACGACUUCAUCCGUAGCUUGUUCCCCGAAAACCUCAACACUGAUAAGAAAAGCAGGCCGACCACAGCCAGCUCCAAGAUCAAGAGACAAGCUAACGAUCUGGUGAACACGCUGAUGAAGUGCACGCCGCAGUACAUCCGCUGUAUCAAACCCAAUGAGACAAAGAGACCUAGAGACUGGGAGGAGAGCAGGGCCAGGCAUCAGGUUGAAUACCUCGGACUGCGGGAAAACAUACGUGUGAGAAGGGCUGGGUUUGCGUACCGCAGACUCUUCAGCAAGUUUCUGAUGAGGUACGCAAUUCUGACAGCAGAGACGUGGCCGUGCUGGAGGGGUCCAGAGCAGCAGGGGGUCCUUCACCUCCUCCGGUCCGUCAACAUGGAUAACGACCAGUAUCAGAUGGGACGCACCAAAGUCUUCGUCAAGAACCCUGAAUCGCUGUUCCUACUCGAGGAGAUGAGGGAGCGGAAGUUUGACACGUUCUCCAGGAUCAUCCAGAAAGCCUGGAGACGAUACAUUGCCCGGAAGAAGUAUGAAAAAAUGAGAGAGGAGGCCUCGGACAUCCUGUACAACUCCAAGGAGCGGAGGAGGAACAGCAUCAACAGGAACUUUGUCGGAGACUACCUCGGCCUGGAGCAGAGGCCUGAGCUGCGGCAGUUCCUGGCCAAGAGGGAGCGCGUCGACUUUGCUGAUUCAGUCACCAAGUUCGAUCGCAGGUUCAAGUCUAUCAAGAGAGAUUUGAUCUUGACCCCAAAGGGCAUCUAUCUGAUUGGUCGAGAGAAGGUGAAGAAAGGACCAGAGAAAGGACAGAUCAAGGAGGUGCUGAAACGAAAACUGGAGAUCGGAAGCAUCAGUGGCGUCUCUCUCAGCACGAGACAGGAUGAUUUCUUCAUCCUGCACGAGGCCCAGUACGACAGCCUGCUGGAGUCCAACUUUAAGACCGAGUUCCUCAGCCUGCUCUCCAAACGCUACGAGGACGUAACCAAGAGUAAACUGACCAUCUCCUUCACUGACAGACUGGAGUUCAGAGUGAAGAAGGAGGGCUGGGGUGGAGGAGGCUCCAGGAUGGUCAUCUUCCAGAGGGGGCAAGGGGAGCUGUCCCAGCUCAAACCCGGAGGGAAGACCCUCACCAUCACAAUAGGCGACGGUCUACCCAAGUCUUCCAAGCCGACCAGGAAGGGCGCACCGCAGUCUCGUGGCGGAGGGACAAAUCAUAUAGCGAGCAGAGCUCAUCAGAAUGGAGCGGCCCAGUUUUCCAGAGCUCCUCACCACCAGCCGUCGGAUGCCAUGUCUUCCUCCUCGCACAAACAGGGCCGACCGCCCAGCACUGCCCUGCCCAAACUGGGCUCCCAGAGGGCUCCCAGAGUCCCAGCUCAGAACCAGAACCACCAAGGGAACAUGGACUUCCUCAACGUGCCUGACCAGGGCAUGUCAGGGAAGCAGAGGAGGAGGAGCAUCAGUCAUCGACCUCCUCCCGCUCCGAAACCGCAGCCUCAACCCAAGGGGCCCCGCUGCCGUGCAAUAUAUCAAUACGUCGGCCAGGACACGGACGAGAUCAGCUUCGACGUCAACGACGUCUUCGACCUUGUCAAAGAAGAUGCGUCGGGAUGGUGGACGGGCAGGGUUCGAGGAAGGGAGGGCCUCUUCCCCGGUAACUAUGUGGAAAAGAUUUGAUGAAGACGUGACGAUUCCUCAAGGACUUGUCUGUGUUGGUUAAGAAAUAUGUCCUGCUUGUGAAAGACACUGCCUGUGAAUAGUUCAUGGUCAACGAUCGCCAUUCGUAAUGGACAACGGGAGCCGUUGAACGGAGGCCCCUUGCUGUCAUGUCGGUACGCCGUACAAGCAAAGGACAGAAGACAUCGUCGUUACGGCAACAGUCCUUAAAAACACAGAUCCACAGCAAAGAGCUGCUCAGGUUUCAUGUCUCUUGUUGUCCCAGACUACCUUGUUCAUAAUGACCCAGCAACAAGAUCUGUGACUUCUUUUGAGCUGUUACAUCCCUGGAAAUGACUUAAAGCUAAAGUUACACACUCAAGAGAAAAGUAACCUGCAAAAUACUGCAUCGCUUUUUUUUGGGGUUUCUACAGUGUUUAUAUCUGCCUGAAGCUGAUCAGUAUUCUGGAUUAAGUCGACCGCACCAUAUCGAGUAUUAAUAGGUAAUGAAUUAGAUAAUAUGUUGAACAAGUUGCCUGUUACAUUUGCACCAUAACAAACCUGCUUCAGAUAAAUCAAAGCCAUUCACAACGACAAUGAUUCUGAUGUCACUCAAGAAAAACUUUUAGAUUUUUCUAGUCAUGAUUAUUACUAAUAUCAUUGUUGGUAUUUUCCAAUAUUUUAUUCAUUUCAAUAAAAAAAAGAAAUAUAUUUUCAUAUUUUACCUCAAUGACGUUUGCACUGGCCAAGAUUUGUAUCAUCGGUAAGUUAUACGAGGUUUAAACAGAAAGAGGUGACUGGUUAACUUACGAGUGUUUAUUUCUGCCAAUUUUGCCUUUUGUUUUUAGUUUUGAUAAUAAAAAUAAUAAUAAAAUAAUAUGAUUCCCUCACA